GGAGCGUUUCCGCGCCCAAGCCCCCCGUGAUUGGUCCCCUGGAAUCCGUGCCGCCCACGUGACGAGGCUCGGCUUCCGGCGACUGUGUGCGUUUGGGGGCACCACGUGCGGUUCGGAGGCCGGGUUCCCGUUCGGCGGCCGUGAGGCGGCCGUGAGGCCAGGCCCCAGUGUGCGAGGGAGCCCGUGGGCCAAGCCCCCAAAAGGUGUCGCACUGUUCGCGACAAGAAGCCGAGCCUUGAGGACGAGACCUUUCCAAAGGCACAGACAAGAAGAAAGAAGUGCAGAGAGUGGAAACCCAGAAGGAGAAGAGGUGGAAGGAGCGACACGGGGCGAAGAGGAGGCGGUAAACACGGGAGGAGGAGGAUUAGGAACGCGGGAGAAGAAGGAAGUGGGAACACAGGAAGAGAGGCAGAGGAGAAAGUGAGGGCGGAAGGGCAUUAGGAAUACCGGAGGAGGGAUCGUUAACACGGCAGGAGCGUAAGGAGGAGACCGCAGCAUUCGGCGGUUACUAUGGCCGUGGAGGAGCGGCUGCAUUCGCCGCACCGGGGCUUCCCGGCGUGGCUUGGCACGCGCGGGCUCAGCCCCGAGAUCGCGCUCGCCAUGGACACCGAGCUGGGGAUCCGGGACUACGAGGUGCUGCUCGCCUGCGCCGAGGACCUGCAGGUUCGCUCCGAGCUCUUCUGCGUCGCCCGCGAGCGCCUGCCCUUCGGCUUCUACGCCGUGCUGCGCCGCGUGGUGGCGGCGUUCCCAGCGGAGCGCGUCGGCGACUGCGGCGCCGCCGCGUCGGGCCGAUCGUGCCCCGGCCUUGGCUCGCUGCUGGAGGCGCUCGUGAACACGCUGAGCAGCCUGAGCCGCGAGCUCCUCCGCUCGGCCGACAAGCUGAGCGCGCUGGACGUGGGCACGCCCCGGGACGGAGACGGAGUUGCCGAUUCCGGAGGCGCCGGCAGCGGCGACGGAGAAGCGUCGGAGCAGAGGCAACGGCAGCGCCAGCGUCGUAGCGGCACGCACCGCUAUUCAGAUGUUGCCGACCACGGCACCGAGGAAGUGUGCGAGAUGCCAGCCGAGGAGGUGGACGACCACGACGACGGCGAAGAGGAGGAGGAUGUGGAAGUGCCUUCGGGAUGGAGAGUCAACCAGGUGGCCGAGACCUACCCCAAGCUCCCUGCAGAUUCCGCGCAAGGGCCCCUGCUGAGGAUGAGCGAGAUGCUGACCUCGGCGACCUCGGCGACCUCGGCGACCUCGGCAACCUCUCCCCCGGUGGUGGAGGUUGGCGGUUCGGAGCUGGAGACCGGCCAGGUCGUGGUGAAGGCGGAGGCUUUGGACGAAGGCGGCUGGGGCAGGGAACCCGAAAGAAUCUGGAACCCCGCCAGCGCCCUUUAUGUUCAGCAGCAGCAGGUGGUGGCAGACAUCAAGCCGGUCGCAAGCGUUCGCCGCAUCCCGGCGCCGGCAAGGAACCCGGCUCGCAGUGGCGACCGCCCGCUGUCGCAUCCCUACCCGCUGUCGGCGCGCGAACUCGGCGAGACCGGCGGCACCCAUCACCACCACCACCGCCCUGUAAUCGCCGCGCGCCCCGGCGCGCCGGACGACGCCCCGACCUCCGCCGCCGCCGCCACCGACGAGUGGAACGGGCAGCUCGCGCUGGCGCCCGGCGAAGGCGGCGGCUACGGCGACGGCAGCGGAGACGGCGGCGCCGGCGUGUUCGGCCGCAACGCGAGCCGCUGCGAGGAGUGCGGCAAGGAGUUUUCGACGCCGUCGUACCUGACGAUCCACCGGCGCACGCACACGGGCGAGCGGCCGUACAACUGCGAGUUCUGCGGGCGCUCGUUCGGGCACCUGGCGGUGCUCACCAGCCACCGGAGACGCCACACGGGCGAGAAGCCCUUCACGUGCAAGGUGUGCGGCAAGGCCUUCUGCCAGAACUCGAGCCUGGUGUACCACAUGCGCACGCACACGGGCGAGAAGCCGUACACCUGCGACGUGUGCGGACGCAAGUUCACGGUCUCCAGCAACUUCAUUAAGCACCGGCGCUCGCACUUCUGAGUGCCGGCGGUGGUGGUAGCAGUGGUUGGUUGCGAUGGUGGCAGUGGUGGUGGUCGCGGUGGUGGUAACAGUGGUGGGGCUGCGAUGGCAAUGCCACCGCCGGGAUGGAGAGGGAAGCCGCGCUCUUCUUGACGAUCGCCGUACGUUACGCACGUGCGGACGGUCGAUCGAUCGGGUACGGCAAGCUGGCGAGGUGGUGUGAGCGCAGUUUAAAGGCGGUACUACAGCAAGUAGGUUGUUAGGCUUGCGUGCGCUGUGCAGGAGUGGUUGAAUGUCUAAAAAGCAGGAGCCUUUUGGGACGAAAUACGAUGGAUGGCACCAUAGCUUGAGACGUUGCACAGGACGACCGGGCAUAUUUGAUGGCCCAAGAGAAAGAUCUCUUGAGCCUGUACAUGAAAAGUGGCAGGGAAUCGACAGCAUGGAUGGCUGGGGAAAGGAAGUUCUAGACUGUGGCGGCAGCAGAGGAGAAUGAGCGACCGCCCACCGAGCCACAGCUGGCUUCGACGGAAAGCCUUGGUAAUUGGAGUGCAGCAGAGGAGGGGAGUAGAGUGAGACAGCGAGAUGAGAUGGGGCGGUGUGGGGGGUGGGCGUGUAGACGUCACAGCCUACUUGCUGUACUGUCACCACCAGGCAGCUCGUCGAUCCCGACCCCACCGCGGUUUCGUCACCGCUGCGCGAUCCGCUAGCAAGGCGUGGCGGUUGUCCGUGGCGGGUCCGCUGUGGAUGUGUGUGUUUAACUUCUUUCGCCCCGUACCUAGCCAACCGUGCUAACCGGAGGCGCGGGAUAUUGCGCCCGCGCGGAUAUCCGGAGCAGCCUCAUUACGAAGCCAGUACAAACCGACUGAGCAUCACUGUGUGCACACUUCGUGUCCAAGGACACAGACACGACAGCGACAGGAGGAUGAAGGAAAUCAUCGCAAGUGCUUUUUUAUAUUCUUAGCUCUUUAGGUAAAGUCACGUUGAAGGGAAACAAUAAAAUAAUAAAGUAUGUAUAAAACAAUAAAAAUUCUCAUGACGUUUCGACCAUAACACAAACG